UCUCUCAUAGUCAAGCCAAAAGUAUCUAGUCGAAUUCCGGAAAGGAAGCUCUCCUCAGUUGCGUUCACACAGACAAAAGCCUCUCAGCCCCGCACCAAGCAAACCACCAUUUCCGCCUUCUUCAGCGCUCAGACAGAUGGAAAAGACAAAGAAAACUCCAGACCAUCUCCUUUCAUCCCGAAUGAAGACUGUAAAGAAAAAGGUAUUUCUUUGGCAGUCCCCCCUGUGAAGAUCUUGGCUUUGCCGCAGGUGGAGGAAGCCCAGAAACAGUCCUUCAGAGCCGAGGAGGAGACGGUGCAGCUUGUGCCCCAGCCUCGUGCACAGAAGGCACUGGCCUUGCUGACUCCUUUGCCAGACUCUUUGUUGUUACAAGCGGAGUCCCAUGGCAGGAGUGAAGCCUCCUGUGGGGCGGGAGAGGAUUGCUGCUGCUUCAGCUUCACCCAGGACUCAGAGGGCAACCGGACCAUCGCUCACAGAAAUGAGUCCCAUUUAUUUGCUGGAGAAACGGUUUCAGCGAGCGGCAGCGUAACUUCAGACUGCGGGAUAAACAAAGAGGGCCAGCUGCUCCCAGAGGAGGCGAAGACUGGACUGUGUUUCCAACCAAGACUUGGUGCAAACCAGAGUAAGAAACCACACCGAUUGAGCAGUGUUAAUUCUUUCACUGAUUUCUCUGAGACUGAGAAUAUAAAUCCUACUGUAGUGAGAGACAGUACCUGGGCUGCUGGUUUUUACGUAUCUCCAAAAAAAACAGCUAGAGCACAGCCUCUGAGAGAGUGCAGCCAGAACGCUGGUGCUGGUUCAGCCAAGGAGCGAUGGGCCGGCAAGACGGGACCGAGCAGUCCCUGCAGGCAGUUGUUCACCCAGGAUUCGGAGGGGAACAGAGUGAUCGCACACGGCUGCCAGACCAGCCCAUCUCCUCGCAAGGCCAGUGGCAGCUCUCGCAGGCAGCUGCCAAACUCUCUGUACAAGGGCUGUUCCAGCGAUGCUGCAAGCAGGAGCCCAGGCAAACCAGGGGAGCAGCUGUUGGACGUGUGCUAUGACGUACUGUUCACGCAGGAUUCAGAAGGGAACACAGUGAUUAAACACUGA